UGGGUGUGGGUGAGAGGAGAGCAAUGAGCAAUGAAUCAUCAGCAAUUGUUUGAAGACAGCUAAACUGCACUGUUACUCAUUCCUUGUAAGAAAGAGAGACCCCACGAGUGGGGCUUCAGUUUCUGCCAACAUUUAUUCAUCUUUUUCCCCUCCAAAGGUCCCCACCCCCCACUUGGACCCCAAUCCCCUCCCAUCCCACAGCUAACACACACACACACACCGAUUCUCUCUCUCUCUCUCUCUCUCUCUCAUACACAGAGAGCACACAGUACUUUCUCUCUCCAAAGACACCAGUCAACCCACAAAGGAAGAGAGGGAAAAAGAAAGAAACCCCACCAAUUUCUUCCACUUGUUUAGUUGGCUCUAAAGACUUUGCAAAGAAACAACUUGAUCCCUAAGCUUUUCUUCUUCUCCUCUCUCUCUCUCUCUCUCUCUCUGAGUGGUCUUCAGCAUCAUCAAUUUGACAGUUGGAACAAUGUUUGAAGAGCCAAGAAAAUCUUGUUGAUCAAUUCUCUAAAGGAAAAAGCUGAAGCACUUCAAUCUUCAUCCUCCACAAGAGAUGGAAUUUAUGGAGCCACACCCCAAAAACCAAGGAGCUGCAGCCAAUAACAGUAACUCAGACCACCAUGAAGCAGCCUCCUCCCUACAGCUUGUUUCCCCCCACCACCAUCAAAGUCAACCUGAACCCGGUUCUGGGUCCGGUCCAGCCCCACCCCAUGGUCCAUUCAUGGGCUCCAUCUCCAUGCAACAAUCAAGAAACUUAGCCCACUCCUCCUCGGCUUCAUCCACCACAAACCACCCUUCUACCACCGCCACCACCACCAACAACAACAACAGCAGCAACGACAACAAUUCUGCCGCCAACAAAGCUGUCAAGAAACCCUCCAAAGACCGCCACACAAAGGUGGAUGGUCGCGGGCGGCGCAUACGGAUGCCGGCCUUAUGCGCCGCCCGUGUUUUCCAGCUGACUAGAGAAUUAGGUCACAAGUCUGAUGGUGAGACGAUAGAGUGGCUUCUGCACCAAGCUGAACCGGCUAUCAUAGCAGCCACCGGCACAGGAACUAUCCCGGCUAACUUUUCCACUCUCAACGUAUCGCUACGCAGCAGCGGCACCACCAUCUCAGCUCCACCGUCAAAAUCCGCGCCACUCUUCCUAGGCAGCGCCACCGGCAUGCUGGGGUUCCACCACCAGAUCACCUCAAACACCCAUUUCGGCCAGGACCCAGAUGAGAAUUACAUUAAAAAACGCUUCAGAGAAGAUACAAGUGGUGCAACAUCCCCUAAAUCUGGAAGAACCAGUACUGUUCAGGACCAAGAAACGGGAUCAGACCCUAAAUCCGGUUCUUCUCAGCCUUCAAAUUUCAUCCCGGCUCCCGCCAUGUGGGCUGUGGCUCCUGCAGCUGCCAACGUUGGGAACGCCUUCUGGAUGCUUCCGGUGACAGGAAGCGCGGCCACGGCGACAGCGGGGCAGCCAGAGUGGCAGUACAAGGCACCUUCAAUGCAGAGAAUUGGUGGGUUCGAGUUCCCUGGAGCCGGCAGGUUUAGCCCUGUUCAACUAGGGUCGGGUCAACUAGGGUCAAUGGUGUUACAGCAGCCACAGCCGCCCUCAGCUCAGCAGCUGGGCUUAGGUGUUACAGAAACUAAUAUGGGAAUGUUGGCUUCCAUGAAUGCAUAUAAUAGUAGUAAUAGCAGAAUUGAUUUGGGCAUGAAUUUGGAGCACCAUCACCACCACCACCACCACCAACACCAUCAGCACCACCAAAAUCAGCCGCAACAAAGCGACAGCGGCGAUGAAAAUCCAAAAGACUCGCAAUAACUCCGCAUCGAUGAAUUUCAUCCCAUUAAAUAUCUUUGCAUUUCCCACAACCUUUGAAUAUUUUCUUGAAUUUUCUCAGUCAAUGAUUGUAGUUUUCAAGGCUUUCUUUCUCAUAGUAAUUAGGUUAAAUUUUCACUUCAUCAGACUGUGUGCAUAUCCCUUUUCACCUGUUGUUACUUUGUUAGUGCCUAAGUUUCAUCAUCUCUGUCAUUAAUUAUUGUUAUUCCUCUCUUUCACCAUCUGAUGUUUCCGGGUCUUGAAUUAGAGGUAUUUGCAUUUUUGGGAGCAACAACUUGAGAAUGUAGGGUUUGGAGUAGGAAAUGAGGCUUUUAUAAAGAUGUGAAAUUUGCAGUGCAAAAAACUAAGUCUUGAUAACUGUGAUUGUUAGUUGUCACUGUAUUCAUUCAUUCUGUGCUAAAAAGCUGAGUAAUCAAAGGCUGAAUCUGGUUGGAGGACAAUAAUGAAGUCUGCUCUGCUGCUUUGACUUUUUCCAUGAGGGCCUUCUUUUUCUUUUUCCUUUUUUUUUUCUGGAUUUUUAUGGGUUGUAAGGACAGAGAGAUAAAAGUUUGAUUGUUUAGCUUAUCUGGAACAUUGUGGAUA